AUGGAGGUCGAUCAUGAUUGCCUAGUAUACGCGAGGCAGCUUCUGGAGGACGAAAAGUGGGACAUGGCGAUCGCAUUUGCCAAGAAAAACUUGGAGAGCGAUCCACCACUCAAUCUGAAGAUCCAGAACUAUGUCGUUCUCGCAUGCGCUGAAGGUGACACCAAAGACAAAGAGGAUUGGCGACAGGCUGCGGAAGUUCUGCACUUGGAAGCUAGCUCGUCACACUCAGUCGAAGAACUCGAAUUCAUCGAGUUGCGCCGCUUGUUGGACUUUGUGGCUAGGAACUUAGCCAAAGAUGCCGAGUCAUCCUCGUCAUCCAACAUCGAAGUCAUCGAGCUGAGCGACAGCGACGGCAAUCCUGAACUUGCCGAUGACGACCACAAGCCCAAGCCUCCCCAUAUCACUCCUGCGAAUAUUCUCACGGAUGGUGCUGCGCCCAUCUCAAGAACGACAACGUCGAGCCUGGUGGCUGCCGGUCGUGGCGCAGCUCCCAGCAGACAGAAACUCACUCUUCGCCGCCCACAGCAGACUGAUGCGUGGUGGUCGGUCUCACAAGAGAAGUUCGAUUCCGCCAAAACCUCUAGUCAACAUCACUGGAGUCGCGCUGGCAACAUCAUGGAAGUGGAAUCCGUAGCUCGAGUUGGGGGCAUAUGCACCAGGUGUGAUGAGAAUGGGACUGUGGAGUGCCUGGCGGACCCAAAGAUACCCGAGAGAUGCGCGUAUUGCAUUUUCCGCGCUAGGAAGUGUCGGUCGAUGGGCGAAGCAACUCCCUAG